ACGACGACAUCGCCUCCCUCGGGGACUUCAUUGUCGCAAGGUUCUGCUCCCUCGACGCGAACAUCGCUAACGCUGCCACGCAGGUCCGCCAGCUGCAGGCCAAGCGCGCCACCGUCGCGGAGCGCAUGGCCGUCGUCGAAUCCUCCAGGGCCAAGGCCACGCAGGCCCCGAUGUCGCUGCUACGUGGCGUCGCGCUGGAGACCGCGUCGGCCAAGGCGACGGUGCUUGAGCGUCGGCCCUCCGCCAAGAGCAUAGCCAUCGAGCAGCAGCUGGACUCCAGGCUGCCCGACAU